AUGGAGAACCAUCAAGUACGCGAAGCUGCAGGCGGCAGCGAACACCGUCAACUCCGCACAUCACAAUCCCAACCUCGCCAAUCAGAAGCGCACCAUGAGGCAUAUCCUUAUAACUCUGACGAUACAGAUGAUGACGAGCAUGUAGACGAAUUUACACAAGAUAUCAACCGCCGACGAAGCAGCACUUCAGCCUCGCAGCAGCCUGGCGUACAAGACCGGCAGCGUCCUCAGGAACCAUCACGUACAUCCGAGCAGAACGAGCAAGCCAGCGUAAAGGCAACAUCAAGUGAACCCUGGGACAUUAUCGAACGCGAGGUGCCAAGCACAACAGGCGCCAAAUCACCCACUCCCUCCUACGACUUCCCAGGAACCUGGGACGCGGCUCUGCAUGAAACGACCAGCGCGCUCAGCCAAGUAGGCGUGGCAUCCAAGUCCUACGCCACAGCACUAUCGCACUCCGGAGUCGGAAAGGCAGGCUGGAGUAUCGGGUCUGCACUCGCCUCCAGCGCCAACAAGGGGGCAUUAUCACUGGCAACUUGGGCCGUGGACAAAGUCGGUGCGGAUACAGCGCAGCUACCCUCCCCUUUGACGACCUGGCUGGGCAAGCAGGAUAGACUCAACGAGGCGAGAGGGCGAGCUAAGCAAGCGGAAGAGCGACGACGAGCGCGGAAGAGAAAAGGUAGGGGACGCGAGCCAGUGCUCACUGGAGAGGACAGGACGCCGUUGACGUUUGGAGAUGAGCAGGGUGCGUUUGUGUUAGAGACGCAUGAGUUGGAUUCCACGGGUCAGUUCGUCGACACUCGAACGAUCGGCAUGCUACAGGAAGACGGGUGGGCAACUACAGCCACGAGUUUCAAUGCCAGGACUGAGGCGCCUGCAUCGUCCGUCCCAGCUGCAAGUCUCGACAAAAACGGGUUGAGGGGAAGAGAGGAAGAGAAGGAGGAGGAACAGAGAGUAGAUGAUGGACUCGUGAGGAUGUUCGACUUUGACGAUUGA